UCUGGCCCCGCCCCCAGCCGCACGCGCUGCCGCCAUGUCUAUCUUUACCCCCACCAACCAGGUCCGCCUCACCAAUGUGGCCGUGGUGCGGGCGCGGCGCGGCGGGAAGCGCUUUGAGAUCGCCUGUUACCGCAACAAGGUCAUGGGAUGGCGCAGCGGAGCAGAGAAAGAUCUUGAUGAGGUCCUGCAGACGCACACGGUGUUUGUCAAUGUUUCCAAAGGGCAGGUGGCAAAGAAGGAAGAUCUUGUGAAAGCGUUUGGGACAGAUGACCAAACAGAAAUCUGUAAGAUGAUUUUGUCAAAAGGGGAGCUGCAGGUAUCAGACAAAGAACGACACACACAGCUGGAGCAGAUGUUUAGAGACAUCGCAACUAUUGUGGCUGACAAAUGUGUGAAUCCUGAAACAAAGAGACCAUACACAGUGAUCCUUAUAGAGAGAGCCAUGAAGGAUAUUCACUACUCUGUCAAACCACACAAGAGCACGAAGCAGCAGGCCCUGGAAGUGAUCAGACAGUUAAAGGAGACCAUGCAAAUUGAACGUGCUCACAUGAGGCUGCGAUUUAUUCUUCCAGUAAAGGAGGGGAAGAAACUUAAAGAGAAGCUCAAGCCACUGAUUAAAGUUAUCGAGAAUGAAGAUUUCCAUGAUCAGUUGGAAAUUGUGUGCCUUAUUGACCCAGGCUGCUUCAGAGAGAUUGAUGAGCUGAUCCGGAGUGAGACAAAAGGGAAAGGAACACUGGAAGUGCUCAGUCUGAAGGAUGUGGAGGAAGGAGAUGAAACGCUUGAAUAAAGAAAACCUGGGAGCAGUUCUACUUUAACAACAUCCUACAAAAUGAUAGACGUUAGACACUCUCUUCUUUUAAGCCUUCAUGUUUAUUCCAGUCUCUUGUUGCCAAAUAUUUUCUGACACUAAUCCUUUGGGAUUUUUCCAUGCAGCAUGGGUUUUUUUUAUCAUUUUACAUUUGCUUGGUUUAGAAAUGGGUUUGCGUGUAGGAACAUUCUGUGUCAGAGUUGCUCUAGUGAGGAUGGAGUUAAGACUUGAGGUUACUCUAGUGUUGGUGUACUGUAAGAGUUGCUCUCGAGGAGUGUUGGACUGGUACGGUGCUGGUCGAUUUUGCUUUAAAUUGUUAGUGUUGAGUGGAAGAUUGCACAUGUCACCAGGGGGUAGGGUUUGUAUUUGAGGAGAGAAACCUUAAGGGGGCUGGAUUUUGAUUCUAAACAGCUUCAAAGUGUGGAUGAUGUUUAAACUCAUCUCUUGCUGGCGUGAAAACUGAUUUAGACUACCAUAAUUGGCUGCUCAGUAAUUAGAAUACUUUAAAGGACUAU